AUGAGGUGGAGCCGGCUGCUGCUGCUGCCGCUGCCACUGUCGCUGCUGUGCCUUCUGGCCGCCGCCGCAGCCGCCGACGCGCAGUCCACGUCCGCGCUGUCGACGCCGUCCGCCCCCGCGUCGCCCACGACACCCACCGCCACCGCUACUACUGCCGCCCCCGCAGGCCUGCGGGGACACAGGCGAGGAGGCGCCAACCGGAGACCGCGCAACGGGAACAGCGGGCACCACAACAACAGCCACGCCAACGGCAGCAACAACAACAACCACCGGGGAGGCACCGAGAGGCGGCAGCGACACCGCAAGGGAGGCGGAGGCCGCGGUCGCGGCUCCAAGUGGUGGGGGAUCGCCAAGAUCGGGGAGCCGACGAACCUGCUGCCGCUGCCGCCGGGGCGCGCCAAGGCGCUGGACCCCAUCAUCCACGCGACGCUGCGGCGGCGCCAGCGCCGGCUGGUGCUGGACAACCAGGGCGUGCUGAUGGCCGUCGUCAAGGGCGCCAAGCAGGCCAUCCUCGAGUGCCAGUACCAGUUCCGCAACCGCCGCUGGAACUGCUCCACGCGAAACUUCGUCCGCGGCAAGAACCUCUUCGGCAAGAUCGUCGACAGGGGCUGCCGGGAGACGGCGUUCAUCUACGCCAUCACGAGCGCCGGCGUGACGCACGCGAUAGCGCGCGCCUGCUCCGAGGGCAGCGUGUCGGCCUGCUCGUGCGACCACAGCUACGCGCACCGCGCCCACGCCCACGCCAAGCCGACCGGGGGCCGCACCGCGGCGCAGGCGGCGGCCGACUGGGAGUGGGGCGGCUGCUCCGACAACAUCGACUACGGCUUCAAGUUCUCCCGCGAGUUCGUCGACACGGGCGAGCGCGGACGCUCCCUCCGGGAGAAGAUGAAUCUUCACAACAAUGAGGCGGGCCGAGCGCACGUGGUGUCGGAGAUGCGGCGCGAGUGUAAGUGCCACGGCAUGUCGGGCUCGUGCACGAUCCGCACGUGCUGGAUGCGGCUGCCCAGCUUCCGCGUCGUGGGCGACAACCUGAAGGACCGCUUCGACGGCGCGUCGCGCGUCAUGCUGAGCAACGCGGCGGCGCCGGGCGGCGGCAAGCGCAGCCGCUACAACCUGCAGCUGCGGCCCUACAACCCGGACCACAAGCCGCCCGGCGUCAAGGACCUGGUGUACCUGGAGCCGUCGCCGGGCUUCUGCGAGCGCAACCCGCGCCUCGGCAUCCAGGGCACGCACGGCCGCCAGUGCAACGACACCUCCAUCGGCGUCGACGGCUGCGACCUCAUGUGCUGCGGGCGCGGCUACCGCACGCAGGAGAUCACCGUCGUCGAGCGCUGCGCGUGCACUUUCCACUGGUGCUGCGAGGUCAAGUGCAAGCUCUGCCGCACCGUCAAGACCAUCCACACGUGUCUCUAGGCGGCUCCCCUACGGACACCUCUCCCCUCCCCCGCCGCCCCCCCACCACCAACAACACGUCAACCAUUCCUCUUCUCAGCGCUGCUGGCCCUCCGACUCCGCAAACUCCUCUCCCGCUUCCUCCAGAAGUCUCUUCCCGUUCACCGUUUUCCCUACUGCAGUGUCAGUUUCACAUUUCGUCAUGCCCAGUUCCACUCCACAUGAUCAUCCUUUAAGAAUCUGUAUCAGAAUUUACUUUCAUUGCCCUUUUUCCAGGAAUUUGGUACCGACAGGCCUUCUUCAGCAUCCUCAAUAGUCCCAACAAUGCCAUUUCUGUGCAACGAGAAACUGAACGACGCUGGCCCAGACGUAGUUGUUUGUAGCAACUAGGCACUUGUGAUCUGCUGUUCCGACUUUAGAGCCUGGACAAAAGAAGUAGUGCAUGCUUACCAAAAACUCUCACCUCUUACACGUCAACCACCCCUCUUCUCAGCGCUGGUAGCCCUCUGACUCCACCAGCCCCUCUACCGCUUCCUCCAAACGAGUCUCCCCAUUCACUGUUUUCCCUAUUGCAGAGUCAAUUCACAUAUCGUCAUGCCCAGUUCCCCUCCAUAUGACAAUCCUCUAAGACUUUGAGUCUGUAUCAGAAGUCCAUUUCGUUACCCCCUUCUCCAGGAAUCCAGAAUCGAAGUAUCUUCUUGAGCAUAGCAGUGCUGUGUAACAAGAAACUGCAACGGCGCCGGUCCCUCCCAGUUUGGUUGCUUGUAGCAAAACAAUUUCUAGGCACUUCUGAAGUAUUGUUCAGACUUAGAUCCUGGAGAAAUGAGUAGGCAUUGAAGAAGUGCGUGCUCACAAAGAGCUUCGUUUACCACGAACGGGCCUGUCACGACUCUUCAAGAUUCUGCUGUCAAGCAAUGAAACGUGCUUACUGCCUUACACCGCACUCGAAUCUAGUCUAAGAGUUCGAUUACGUGCGUUGCUCCACAAGUUUUUACUCUUGAGCUAUAAGAAUAUGGCUCCAAAUGAUUUUACCAUGCAUCUGAGGUAAUAGUCUAGAGCCGAAUAUAUUAGUGACUAAGUUCUUCCCUACAUACUCGAAAUGGGGGACGAGCCAUUAUCAAGUGGACGGGCAACUCGCAGCCCAGCCAUUUUCAGAAUUCACACCGCUGGUGAGAGGCUCUUCAG